GGGCAGGAGUGUGAGGAGUCCUGAAGAGGAUGGAGCAGCAGAGACAAUGUGUGAUGAGCUGGUGCAGCCUCAUUGCCCUUCCCCCUGGGCUUCUGCAGGGGGGAGGCAGAGGAAGCAGGAGUGAAGUUGAGCCCCAGAAGAAGGGAGGAGGGCAGAAAAGUGGUUUAUGGCUUGGUUUUAUUUGUCACCAUUUAUUUGACUGGCAAUAAAUUUAUUUCCCCAAGUUAAGUCUGUUUUGCCCAUGACAGUAAUUGCUGAGUGAUCUCUCCCUGUCCUUAUCUUGCCCCACAAGCUUUUUUGUCAUAUUUUUUCCCGUCCAUCUGAGGAGGGGUCUGACAGAGCAGCUUUGAUGGGCCUCUGGCAUCUGUCAAUCAACCCACUACAGAUCCUUUCCUGAGGUCAUGCAAGAGCCUCUCUCCUUGCUAUUAAUGCCUGUCAUCCUCUGAAACAGAAGGACACAUCCAAACCACCCACCAAGAAUGAUCAUUUACCUAUUGUAAUUCCUGGUCCAUGGCUAGCAAUUGGCUGGAAGGGUAUGAUCUCCAGACCACAACAUUUUCUAUACAUUUUUGCUUUUCUCACACAUUUUCAUGAAGAGUGGUCUGAAAGUUCAGUUUGGUUCUGUAAGUUCAGUGUUUGUUACUGAGAGAUGCAUUUGGAUAGUAUAUAUUAACAUAGAAAACAUUGCCAAAUUUUCACCUUCAGCUCUCUAUCUUCAUCAUUCUGCUUCAUCUUUCUGUCUUCAAUUCUCAUAAGCACUAGUGAAGUACAUUAUUUUUCAUGGAGCUAAUCCAUACCUUUAUACUCACGUGAAAAUCUAUAAAAAUAUGCUCAAAUUCUCUUUGCACUUUUCCAGUGAUUCAGUCUAGUAGCCUGUAGCCUGGAGUUAUGGAUACAAUCAAGUAUUAGCUGUUCAGCUGUCAAAACUUGUUGUAACAAACAGCAGCAGCCAUUACUUGAGGGAUAUUUAAGCAGGGCUUAGUGAAUAAUUUUAAGGCAUUUAAAGGCUGUUUUGAAAAGGAAAGGGAUUUUUUUGGUUAUAAUAUUACAGGAUAUUGGAAAAAUCAAAUGGAAGCAUGUCACAUAGAAUAAAACUCCUAAUUAGGGCUCAACUGGCAGUCCUGGUGAUCCACCAUCGUGUAAAACAGUGUGCGUCCAUGGAAUUUUGUUGCUAUGAAAUCUGUUCUCCUAUCUCUGACCAGGCUAUUGGACAUUCUAAGCAGUUUUGGCAGCAAAAGUCAAACACAGGGCAGCCAGAGUAGCUCAGUGUACAGCAUGAUCUCUGUACAGCUUGGGGCAUUUCGCUGUGUUCUCUGAAGCCAGCUGCAUUUUCACAGCAGAAUUUUAGAUACUGAUAUAUCUGUGCUAUCUUGGUCUGACACAGCCUUAGUCCAGAGCUGGUGAUUUAACCACAGAAAUCUCUUAUUUAUGACAGACUUUAUCUUAUUCCUAUUUACACCUAAAUGUUGGGGUUUAAAAUGUUUCUGAAGCAGUUGGCACACAGAGUCAGAAGUUUGGCAAAUCUCAAAGAAAUUUGUGCAUCAGCCUUUAGCAGUUUAGAUCUAAUCUGUCUUCAUGUGUACUGAUAGAAAAUGUUGACUGUGGCUUAACUUUUCCAUCAACGUGCUCCUGGUGUUCUAAAUAUAUGUUCUAAAGAACUAAGCAUCAACAGCCUCUGACUGAAAUUAAAGUUGUUGAUGUUUUCAGCAUCUGUGUCCUCCAUCUGAGGCCAGUAAGCAAAGGGAUGUGUACAUUACCCAUCAGGGGAAGGCUGUCUAUAUAGGUGCUUGCUUUCAAAACUGGAAAUCUAGAUUUGAGAACAGAAUUCUCAUGUGUUUGCUUUAAAUCUCAGUGUGAAUAUUUGUUGUUUGAUUAUAGUAACUUUGCUUUAGCAAACUAGGUCAAUAUUUCUUUCAUUUACUGAUCUCAACAUCCUUAGUCAACAAUUGCUGGGAAGUUUUGGGAUUGUUUCCUUACUACCUGAGAAGGAAAAUUCCUGAGAAGGAAAAUUCCUGAGAAGAAUCUCUGAGUAUGUGGUGAGUGGUAUACACAUACUGGCCCUUGGCCGGAACAGCUAAAGGAAUAUUUAUGAAGCAGAUAUUAGAAAAUAAUAAAGAAAUAAUAGAGAAAAUAAUAAAUUAAAUAAUAAUAAAAUGAUAAAAUCUUAAAGCUAUGGGCUUAGAUAUCAAAAAGAAAAAAAGAAAGAAAAAGAAAGAAAAAGAAAAAAAAGAAAAAUGAAAAAAAACAACUCAUCAACUCACAACCUUUAAUAGGACUUUAAAGCUCUACACAGACAUAAGAAUAAAAAUGCUUCUAUCUCCUUGCCUGUGUAAUUUUUAAAUUUUUUUUCUCUGCAUGUUUGUCUGUCACGAUGCUUUUUGUUUCUACUUCCUUGCAGAUGUCUCAGUCAGUCUCUUAGCAGUGGUUGUCAGCUUCUGCGGGCUUGCCUUGCUGGUGGUCUCUCUUUUUGUCUUUUGGAAGCUGUGCUGGCCCUGCUGGAGGAGCAAACCCCUCACCUCCAGUGCCAGCAAUGUCCCACAGAGCAACUCCAGCGCUCCCACGGAGGUUUUGGAGAACAGUGAGAAAAAGGAAGUCAAAGAAAAUGGGAAAGCUACGACCAAGGUGCUUGAAGCAGCUCUGAAAAUCAGCCACACUUCCCCUGAUAUCCCAGCAGAAGUGCAGAAUGCGCUGAAGGAGCACCUGAUCAGACACGCUCGGAUGCAGAGGCAGAUCACCGAGCCCACGUCCUCAUCAAGGCACAAUUCCUUCAGGAGGCACUUGCCAAGGCAGAUGCAGGUGUCCAGUGUUGAUUUUAACAUGGGGACAGACCCAGUGUUGCAAAGGGGAGAGACCACAACCAGCAUUGGGAGAAUUAAACCAGAACUCUACAAACAGAAGUCUGUGGAUUCUGAUGGGCAACAAGAAGAUGUGAAAACAUGUGGAAAACUUAACUUCACUCUCCGGUACGAUUAUGAGAAUGAACUUCUGGCUGUCACAAUUGUCAAAGCCUUAGAUCUGCCUGCUAAAGACUUCACAGGAACAUCCGACCCCUACGUUAAGAUUUAUCUGCUUCCAGAUAGGAAAAAGAAGUUUCAGACACGAGUUCACAGAAAGACAUUAAAUCCAGUCUUUGAUGAAACCUUUCAGUUCCCUGUAGCCUAUGAUCAACUCAGCAACAGGAAAUUGCAUUUCAGUGUUUAUGAUUUUGACAGAUUUUCUAGACAUGACAUGAUUGGGGAAGUUAUUCUUGAUAACCUUUUUGAAGUCUCAGAUCUCUCCAGGGAAGCCAAUGUAUGGAAAGACAUCCACUGUGCCACCACAGAAAGCAUAGAUUUGGGUGAGAUCAUGUUUUCCCUUUGUUAUUUGCCUACUGCUGGGAGAAUGACUUUGACAGUCAUCAAAUGUCGGAAUCUCAAAGCAAUGGAUAUAACUGGUGCAUCAGAUCCAUACGUCAAAGUGUCGCUGAUGUGCGAGGGACGGAGGCUGAAAAAGAGGAAAACAACCACCAAGAAGAACACACUGAAUCCUGUUUAUAAUGAGGCCAUCAUCUUUGAUAUCCCUCCAGAGAAUGUGGACCAGGUCAGCCUCUCCAUUGCAGUGAUGGAUUAUGACAGAGUAGGGCACAAUGAGGUCAUUGGAGUGUGCCGGACAGGAAUUGACGCCGAAGGCCUUGGCAGAGAUCACUGGAAUGAAAUGUUGGCUUACCCACGUAAACCAAUCACUCACUGGCACCCACUAGUAGAGCUACCUGGCCGAGCAACCAGUUUUGACAGCCAGGGAUCCUGUUCCUCACCCAAACCACCUCUUACGCCCUAGGAGCCAGAAAGGAUCCAUCCUGCUCAGCGUCCAAAGCUCCCCCCUAGCUCACAUCUACAUCAACAGAAGGUUUGCAUUCUGCAGAUGAACUGUAUCCAUAUUUUUUUUAUCAAAAUGCAUCUUUCCUGUUCUAAGUCUUAUAUGAUAACUCAUAAUAAUUUGUUAAAGUGUGAAUGAAGUUGACUCGAGUCAAAUAUAACCCUUCCUUGUGCAAAUUUAUUCACCUGUUUUUAUCUCUGGCAUGUAUCCAGGAUCAUAUUCAAGCAGUGGUUUGAUGGGGCCUGUAUCUUUUCAGAGGCAAAGAAACCAGAAAAAAAGAUCCCUUAAGUAAUUCAAAACUACUGCACCUUUUAACACCUAAUUCUUUUGAGGGAGAGCAAAUAGUCAUACACAGUUCAUGCAGUAAAUGCCUUCUAAAUUGCACUAAAUUCUCUGUGACUUUGCAAGACAGCACUUCGAACUGGAUGUUGCAUGAAAAAAACCAACUGUUGUCAUGUUUUGAGUAGCUGGAAAAUCAGUUCAUUCC